AUGGAAACUCGGAGUCGGAAGCGGGCGGAGGCAAACACCUCAGCAGUGCCUUCUUCUUCUUCCUCUGGUCCGACCACCCGUGCCUCCAAGCGUGCUCGUCUUUCUGCCUCUAACGCUCCCACUGCCUCUUUCUCCACGACCUCAUUGAUAUCCACUCGUUCUCGUGCUUUGACUCGAUCAAAAGACUCGGUAGUUUCAUCUACUCUAAUGGACCAAACCCCCGAAGCCUUCGCUGGCUCUGGUUCGACAACCCGUGGUCGUCGUGGCAAAAACCCUAGUAACCAAAACUCUGAUAACAAAGAUAACACUAAUUUGAAUAAAGGCAAGGAGAAAGAGCACGACAUCAGGGUUAGGGAUAGAGAUAGAGAAACUGAAAGGAGCUCAGGACUGAACAUUGAUUCCCAUGGUGGUGGUGAUGAUGAUGAUAUCGACAGCGAGGGAGGAGUUGGGAUUUUGCACCAGAAUUAUACUUCAGCAAGCAGUGCCUUUCAGGGGCUCUUGAGGAAACUGGGCGCCGGAUUAGAUGAUCUGCUCCCUAGCUCUGCAAUGGGGUCUGCCUCGUCCUCCCAUCAGAGUGGAAGGCUGAAGAAGAUUUUGUCAGGUUUGAGGGCAGAUGGCGAGGAAGGGAAGCAAGUGGAAGCUUUAACACAGCUAUGUGACAUGCUUUCCAUAGGGACUGAGGACUCACUGAGUUCUUUCUCUGUGGAUUCUUUUGCUCCGGUGCUUGUUGAGUUGCUUAAUCAUGAAAGUAAUCCUGAUAUAAUGCUUCUCGCAGCUAGGGCACUGACUCAUUUGGUUGACGUGCUACCCUCCUCAUGUGCUGCCGUGGUGCAUUAUGGUGCAGUCACCUGCUUUGUUACUCGACUGCUUACUAUUGAGUACAUGGACUUGGCUGAACAGUCACUGCAAGCUCUGAAAAAGAUCUCUCAGGAGCACCCAACUGCUUGCUUGCGAGCGGGAGCGCUUAUGGCGGUGCUUUCAUAUCUCGACUUCUUCUCUACUGGAGUUCAGAGGGUGGCAUUAUCGACUGCUGCAAAUAUGUGCAAAAAAUUACCUUCAGAUGCAUCUGACUUCGUGAUGGAAGCUGUUCCGUUGUUGACUAAUCUUCUUCAGUAUCAUGAUGCAAAGGUUUUAGAACAUGCAUCUAUUUGCUUGACCCGGAUUGCUGAGGCAUUUGCGUCAUCGCCAGAGAAGCUUGAUGAACUCUGCAAUAAUGGACUUGUUACCCAAGCUACAACCUUAAUUUCAACUAGCAAUUCUGGAGGUGGUCAAGCUUCACUCAGCAUUUCUACAUACACAGGCUUAAUUCGGCUUCUAUGCACUUGUGCAAGUGGUUCUCCUUUAGGGACAAAGUCUCUACUGCUGCUUGGGAUCAGUGGCAUUCUUAAAGAUAUCCUAUCAGGGUCUGGCCUUGCUUCCAGCAUGCCUGUUUCACCUGCCUUAAGUAGACCACCAGAGCAGAUUUUUGAGAUUGUGAAUCUGGCAAAUGAGCUUCUUCCCCCGCUGCCUCAAGGAACAAUAUCUCUUCCAGUCAGCAGAAAUCUGUUUGUUAAAGGCUCUUUUCCUAAAAAGGGUCCUGCAGGCAAUUCGACCAAACAGGAAGAUUUGAACGGAAACAUGCUAGAGGUUUCAGCUCGUGAGAAAUUGUUGAAUGAUCAUCCUGAACUGCUACGGCAGUUUGGAAUGGAUCUCCUUCCUGUUCUUAUCCAGAUAUAUGGGUCCAGUGUAAAUGGUCCUGUUCGUCACAAGUGUCUUUCAGUUAUUGGAAAAUAUAUGUACUUCAGUACUGCUGAAAUGAUUCAAUCUCUGAUAAGUUCCACAAACAUAUCCAGUUUUUUAGCUGGGGUCCUAGCUUGGAAAGAUCCUCAAGUGCUAGUACCCGCUCUCCAAAUAGCAGAAAUCUUAAUGCAAAAGCUUCCCGGUACUUUCUCAAAGAUUUUUAUAAGGGAAGGUGUUGUCCAUGCUGUGGAUUCUUUAAUAAUAGCUGGAUCUGCGAGUAAUACUUCUUUGCAGCCAUCAUCGAGUGAAAAUGAUAAUGAUUCUAUUACUGGAUCAUCACGUUCUAGGCGCUGUCGACGACGUGGUGGCAAUUCGAGUUCAGAUGUAAAUCCUGCUGAAGACAGUAAAAGUUCUGCCCCAAGUAUCGGUUCACCUCCAAAUACAAUUGAAAUUCCAACUGUCAAUUCUACUCUUCGAGCGACAGUCAGUGCACGUGCAAAAGCUUUCAAAGAUAAAUACUUUCCAUCUGAUCUGGAGGCCAGUGAAACUGGAGUUACAGAUGAUCUCCUACGCCUAAAGAAUCUUUCUGCAAAGUUGAAUGCUAGUAUUGAUGAUAAAAAAACUAAAUCAAAGGGGAAAUCGAAAGCUUCUGAUUCUCAGCUUUCUGAUUUUUCUGCUCCUAAGGAGGAAUACUUGGUUGAGGUGAUAGCUGAGAUGCUGCAAGAGCUUAGCAGAGGGGAUGGUGUUUCAACUUUUGAAUUUAUCUGUAGUGGAGCCAUUGCCUCGUUGCUUAACUACAUUACUUGUGGAUAUUUCUCCAAAGACAGUUCUUCUGAAGUUAAUUUGCCUAAGCUUCGACAGCAUGCCAUCAGAAGGUGCAAAUCUUUUGUUGUUGUUGCCCUUCCUUCAGGUGUUGAUGAAAAGAAUGGAGCUCCCAUGAGUGUUUUGGUUCAAAAACUUCAAGAUGCUCUUUCCUCGUUAGAGCGUUUCCCUGUCGUGCUGAGCCAUACAUCUCGGUCAUUUGGUGGGAAUGCACAUCUUUCUUCUGGUCUAAGUGCACUUUCCCAACCAUUCAAGCUGCGCCUCUGCAGAGUACAAGGAGAAAAAUCUCUCCGUGACUACUCUUCGAAUGUUGUGCUGAUUGAUCCAUUAGCAAGUUUAGCUGCCGUUGAAGACUUCCUUUGGCCCCGAGUUCAACGAUGUGAGUCUGGUCAAAAGCUCUCUUCAGCUGGGAAUCCCGAGUCUGGGAUCACUCCAGCUGCAGCUGGUGCAUCGUCACCAUCUACAUUCAUUCCUGCUGCUGGACGUAAUUCAACGAGAUCUAGAUCAUCAGUUCUUUUAGCUUCUUGCUUACCGACGGCGUCGAGAUCCCACCCUUUGGCUGGCAGUUUUGUUUGUCCCCCUUUUUGUCCUUUGGUAUCGAGGGAUUACCCCUUCAUCCGUUCAAUUAAGGGACUUGGUAGAGAGAUUGAACAGUGA